AUGCCUCUUCCUUCGAGUUUUGCCUCCGCCGCCGCAGGCCAAAAUGCCAACCGUGACGCGAGAGCCGGUCGUGGUGAUGGACGUGGAGGUGCCGGAGGUGACUGGGCCAGAAGUGGUGGCAGAGCCAACGGCACCCUCACCUUCCGCCGAUCCUCGACGACGCCAGGACAGACCUCCCACAGCGCGACGCCCUCCGAUCAAGCCUUUCCUCAGACGCCCCUGGAGCCCACGACGCCCUCGGUCGCUGGCGUAGCGAGCUACGAUUUCGCCUCACAACCCGCCCAGUACGCGAAGCAGUCCAUCCUCAACCUUUUCCAAGACGCCGCCACCCAGCAAGAGUCUUCCGAAGUCCUCGAACCUGGAUGGGCCCCUGGCCAUGCGAACGGUAACUCGUCACGUGGCUGGGGCAAGACCGGCCACACCCACGCCAACCAGGAUCCGAAUUCGUGUUGGCUUCCCGCCGCUUCGAAUGGUCCCAACUCUUCGCGUCAUCUGUCUGCUGAGGAGAAGGAGGUGCGCUUGCCCGGCUCGUUUGUGACCCUGACAGCCCCACAUGCUGACCCCGUAUCGCAGGCCUUUGCGUCCGACGUGAACUCGCCCCUGAAACCACCGAACCAGCAACAGAAGGAAGGCGCGCAGCAAGGUGGCACCAACGGCCGGAAAACAUCCGUCUCGCAUGGGAGUGGCGGUCCUGGCUUCGGCGUUGCGUCGCCGACCUCCGCGUCUCGUCCGAGCACCCGGCGGCGCGAGACAACUGACUCGAAUCCCUUUGCUUCUGGAGGCGUCUCGUCCCCGGCCACGGCACGGUUUAACCGCGACGACAGCGGCUUCCUGUUUGGGCGCAAGGGAGGCGAGGCCAAGGACCAGGACCUGAGUGAAGAUGAAGGUGGCGCGCCCCCCAGCCGUGGAACGCCCCAGGGUCGAGGUGGAUUCGGAGGCCUGAUGCGUAGCAACACAGCGGGAACUCCGAUUGCCGGCACCAACAUCAGUUCUCUGUGGGGUCAGUCCAACCCGCCGCCGCCUUCUUCGGGCAUGGGAAACUUUGGCCAGUUCGCCCUGCCGACGCCUACCGCUCUUGGGGGUAGCGCCCGUGGCGGCAGCCGCUUUGCGAAUCUGAUCCCUGGAAAAGAAGGCGCCGAGGAUGCAGGUGGCGUCAAGCAGGCCGAGACCCCCGGCGGCACCGGCGAUCGAUCGUGGCGCUCGCGACCGCGGACUGAUACCGAUCCCUUUGGCGACGACAGCCUUUCCGGCAGCGCUGCCCUCGGAGGGGCCAAGGAUACGAGUCCGCCGCCGAUGCCCAACCCCGCGACGAGCAACAUGGGAGUCUUCGAGACGCCCGUCAAGGGCUCCACCGGCGACUUUGGCAUGUCGGGACUGAACCUGGGGCAGCACGGCGAACACGACCAGGGACCCGUCAGCCCGUCGGAGACCAACCCGUACCGGAGCCCGCCCGCCGAGCGAGGCGAAGACCACGACGAGAGCGACAAGCGCCACGGUGCCGGCAUCGGUGCUGAGCAGCCUUCCAACUUUAGCACCCUGUCUCGUGGCUUCCCUGCUCACCCAUUCGCCGACGGCAGCGACCGCAGCCAGACGUCGAGCGCUGGCCCCAAACCCUACCCUUCGCUGUCUAACCUCACUGGCUGGCCCGCCCCGAACCCCGUCGGCACGCCCGAUCGUGAACGUCAGGGCUUCCCCGGCGCCGCUUUCGGCAACUCGCUCUUCAAUCCCAUGGGCGGCGAGCUCCAGUCUCCCGGCCUGUCCAGCAUUGGCGGUGGUGUCUUCGGCCCCCCGAGCGCUGGCGGCAUUGGCGCCACCGGUUCCCUCGGCCGCAGCAAGCUUGGCUCCCUCUUCCCUGCUGCGAUGCAGGCUCAGAUGCAGGGCCACGAGCAGCAUGAGAAUCUGAGCGAUUCCCUCCCCGAUCUCCGCCAGAGCAACCCCCUUGGUGCUAUCGGCAGGAAUAACUUUGCGCCCCAUCGCGAGACCGAGAGCCCCAUGCGCACCGGCCGCGGCGUCUUUGAGGAUCUGUUCCCCUCGUCCGCCGACACCCGUGGCCACAACGUGUUUGGCACUCCUGGCGAGAUGCCCGGCGGCCCUCUCGGCGGUGGCCCGCAGUCGUACACCCCGAUCAACACGUCCACCUCGGACCUACCGUCUAACCAGCAGCGCCAGAUGGUCAUGCCUGAUCGUAUGAGAUGGGUGUACCUCGACCCUCAAGGUCAAAUCCAGGGUCCCUUCACCGGCCUCGAGAUGAACGACUGGUACAAGGCCAACUUUUUCACGCCGGACCUGCGCGUCAAGAAGGUCGAGGACUCUGACUUUGAGCCCCUUGGCCAGCUGAUCCGGCGCAUCGGCAACUCCCGCGAGCCGUUCCUCGUCCCCCAGAUCGGUGUUCCUCACGGCCCUCCUUCCGCCAACGGUCCCUUCUCGCCCGCCACUCCCGGUGGCGUCGUCCCUCCGCUCAGCGGCCUCUUCCCCAGCUUUGGCCGCACCCUCACCGCCGAGGAGCAGAACAACCUCGAGCGUCGCAAGCAAGAGGAGCAGUUCGCCAUGGCCCAGCAGCGCGAGGUCAUGAUGCGUCAGCAGGCCAUCACCAGAAUUCAGCCAGGUGGUAUUCAGGGCUCCCUGCACCACCAUUCCAGCGCUCACAGUCUGCAGAGCCAACCUAGCUUCGGCAGCAUCGCCUCCCCCAUCGGGGCUCCCCUCCAGCAGCCACCGACCAGCAACAUGGCUCCCGGGUCUGGAUACUACGACGGCGCCUCGCAGCAGCAGCAGCAGCAACAACAGCAACAGCAGCAACAGGGAAACGGACAGGGCCCGGUCGGGGCCGGACAAGACCCCUUUCGUGAGGACGACAUGCCGACCGUGAACGCCAACCAUAGCAAUGCCCAGAGCCAGGGCAGCUUCUUCCCCCCGCAGCCCAUUGGCGGUGCGCAGGGAAACGACACCCAUGUGCGCGCCAACCUGCCGGGCACCGAGCAGCUUGCCGAGGAUGACGAGGGUUUUCGUGAGCGCCUGAAGGAGUUUGAAGGCCUCCGUGCGGCGCGCGACGCUGCCGAGCAGAAGGCCGCGGCGCAGGCCGACAUUCCCCAGCAGAGCAUCGAGGAGGACCAUGCUGCUGUCGUUGAGCAGUCUCCCCACCGCAAGCUGACGGAGCAGGAGAUUGACGAGGGUCAGCUCCUCUCGCUGACGCAGCAAGUUCAGAAGGCCCAGGCGGCCGCUGCCAAGUCGGCGACCUCUGGCCUGCCCAUGCCGUUCCCGCCGCCUAUCCCUCAGUCCGGCACGCCGCUCCCCGCUCCCACGGCGCAGAGGGUGCGGUCGGGCCUCCCCGAGCAGUACAGCCGCUCGCAGACCGGCACGCCUGACACGUCUUCUGUGACCGAGCCCCCUCCCCUGGCGCCCUGGGCCAAGGAGGCGACGCCCGCCGAGCGCAAGGGUCCCAGCCUCAAGGAGAUCCAGGAGAUGGAGGCGCGCACUGCUGCCAAGGCCGAGGAGGCUGCCGCCGCCGCCCGCAAGCAGGCUCUCGAGAUUGAGGCCGCUUCUCUCCGCGAGCGCGAGAAGGCCACGGCCAUUGCCACGGGCCUGCCGACCACGAGCACCUGGGGCAACGGUUCGCCCGUUGCUGCCGACGUCCGUAUCGACCAUCACUGCUCCUGUAUAUUGCCGCCCCCCAGUAACAGACUGUCGGUCGAUAUAUAUUAUUGUGGUUCGAUGAGUGAUCUCUAG